GAAGUCAUCCCAACAACGUUCCUCAGCUGACCGCACUUUCUAUUAUUUCCGAAGUUUGAAGAACAUCAUCAUCGCAGAGCUGCCUCUUCAUGGACAGUAGAAACGUCGUCGUUUGCGAUAAUGGCACAGGGUAUGUAAAGUGUGGAUUUGCUGGAGAGAAUUUCCCGACGUCUGUAUUCCCGUGUGUGGUUGGAAGGCCGAUGCUACGCUACGAGGAAUCACUAAUGGAACAUCAAUUGAAGGAUAUCGUUGUUGGAGAGGCUUGUGCUGGCUUGAGGCAUCAGUUAGAUAUAUCUUAUCCUGUUAACAAUGGAAUCGUUCAGAACUGGGAUGAUAUGGGUCAUGUGUGGGAUCAUGCUUUUUAUAAUCAACUUAAAAUAGAUCCAAAGGAAUGUAAGAUUUUACUCACAGACCCACCUCUUAAUCCCUCAAAAAAUCGUGAAAAAAUGGUCGAGACAAUGUUUGAGAAAUACAAUUUUGCUGGUGUCUUCAUUCAAAUCCAAGCUGUUUUAACAUUGUAUGCCCAAGGUUUACUGACUGGAUUAGUUAUUGAUUCUGGUGAUGGGGUUACACAUGUGGUUCCUGUUGUUGACGGCUAUUCAUUCCCUCAUCUAACUAAGCGAAUGAACGUAGCUGGUCGACACAUUACAUCCUAUCUUGUUGAUUUACUUUCACGUAGAGGGUAUGCAAUGAAUAGGACUGCUGAUUUUGAGACUGUCAGGGAGAUCAAAGAAAAACUCUGCUAUAUUAGUUAUGACUACAAGAGGGAGUAUCAAUUGGGACUUGAGACCACCAUACUGGUUAAAAACUAUACACUGCCAGAUGGAAGGAUCAUUAAAGUAGGCACUGAAAGGUUCCAGGCCCCUGAGGCUCUUUUUACACCGGAACUCAUAGAUGUUGAAGGUGAUGGGAUGGCUGACAUGGUUUUUCGCUGCAUUCAAGAAAUGGAUAUCGACAACCGUAUGAUGCUCUACCAGCAUAUAGUCUUAAGUGGAGGGAGCACCAUGUAUCCUGGAUUACCUAGCCGGCUGGAGAAAGAAAUACUGGAUCGCUAUCUAGAUGCAGUUCUCAAGGGAAACAAGGACGGGUUAAAGAAACUUCGAUUGAGGAUUGAAGAUCCACCACGAAGAAAGCAUAUGGUCUACCUUGGUGGUGCAGUUCUUGCAGGAAUUAUGAAGGAUGCACCUGAGUUCUGGAUUAGCAAAGAUGAUUAUCUAGAAGAAGGGAUGGCUUGUUUGAGUAAGUGUGGUCAGGCAUAAAGUAUAUAUACACCGGGCUACGUAUAAAGCUAGCCAAUAUAUCACGGUUACUUCUCCGACUGCCUUCUGUAUCCCUGGGGUUUUGCUGUAGUCCAUGAAGCAGUUCAACCUUGCAGUUACCUAUGUGAGCUACAGCUUUGAAGUAUUGUAUACUUCCAGAAAAAAAUAAAAAAUUAAAGAACUGAAAUUGCUUUGUAUUUUCUUGAAAAUCUUGUUAUGUUUCUUUUAAGGUGUGUUGCUCGAGGCUGAUUGCAUUCACGGAUGCUAGUGAUUGGUCUGUACUUUUGUGUGAUAGAAUAUAAAUACGAUGUCUUGAAAGAAAUGCACAUUGUUCUGCAGCCUUUUGUUUUUUUCA